CUGCUUUCAGGGCAGGUAUGUACGAAUGCCACCCGUGUUUUCGUUCAACGAGGUAUACUCGAAGCAUUCACGGCUGAGCUGUUGAAGGAAUGCGACGAAAAACUCAAGGUUGGCGAUCCGCUGAAUGAGGAUACUAGGGUUGGCGCUAACAUUAAUGAGGGCCAUUUGAACAAGAUUCUUGGCUUCAUCGAAAGUGCUAAACAAGAGGGAGGCAAAGUUCUGCGAGGUGGAAAAAGGGUUCAUCCCGCUGGCGUCGAAAACGGUUUCUACCUCGAACCAGCUGUAAUAGUAGGAUUGAAAGAUGAUGCUCGAGCAGUGCGCGAAGAGAUUUUCGGAGCAUGCUGCUUACUAUUACCGUUUGAUACAGAAGAGGAGGUCUUACGGAGAGCAAACAACACUGAGACUGGUCUAGCAGCCGGGGUAUUCUCAGGCAACUUGGCUCGAUGCCACAGAGUCGCUGCUCGCCUUCAAGCCGGGACUGUCUUCAUCAAUACAUACAAUGACACCGAAGUAAAUGUGCCUUUCGGUGGCUACAAAAGCUCUGGACAUGGUCGUGAAAACUGCUUGGACACUCUUCGACUGUACAGUCAGAUCAAGGCUGUUUAUGUCAACAUUCAAGAUACCACUGAACACUGCUUUUGA